AUGUUGGAGAAUGACGUGUUGGAUGUGAAGAUUGAAAAUAGUGAUCCCGCAGAGCGGCCGGCACCACGACCUUGUGACCCUUCACCACCACGCCGUCGUGUAGCACCAGUUCAUCCUGAACCAGGAAGUAGGGUACGGCACCAGCCGGCAGGGAAGAGCGUCGAACAGCCAAAUCUGCUUGGACUACAGGAACUGGAUUCAACGCAAGCACAGAGGGUCAAGGAACUGCUGCAGAUGUUAGGCUACAGCUGCCCAAAUGAAGAGGGCUCUUUGAAAAAAGAUAUCACAACACCAGAGAUAUUAACAGCAGCAUUCUACCUUGUCAGUGCUCUAGCUGGAAUGUCUGAAGAAAGUCUUGCAGUCUUGGGUAUUUGCUGUGAAACUCAAAUUCUUCCAACUUUGCAUUAUUUGAUUAAUAAUGUCCCUGAUGAUGGAAUUGUUCCUGUUGAUAAUCCAAACAUGCUGCCCCUGCAAGAAGAGGACAACUUCUACAUAGCUCACCGGCUAUUUGCAUUAUCAAAUAUUUGCCUUGAAGUCAGAGAAACAGCAAUCAAAGUUAUAACCGAUGAUCAACCUGGUAUGGCUCCUGUGCUUCUCUGCAUAGUUCUGCAAGGAUUUGCCAUCCUGAGUGGAAUCAAAAGGAAUACGAGUGAUCCAAAGACGCAGACUUGAAAAACAUUUAAGAGGAGCUUCACCACAUUUAAUAAUUUAGGGACAUUCAAUAUAGUUGAGGCAUUCUUUGGAUAACUUGGAUAUGAUUAAUAUUCAAGGGGUAGAUGAAAGGAUUACAGUAGUCCUGAAUUAUAAUUGAGAUGCACAUUAUAUACAGUUCAUAAUAUUUUCAUCCUUCAGGAAAUUGUAGAAGAGUAAUGUUUAGUUUGAUGUGAAAAGAUUAGGAAUUGUGGAUGAGUGUUGUAGAAUUGUCAGCAAGGAAAAGCAUCUUGAAUGGGAAAACUAUGUUGAUUUAUGACAAGAAAUUAGUUUAGAAUUGUCUGGCAUGAAAUUCCAUGUGCUUUGCUCCACAUUCAAACAUUCAGAGCAUUGGCUUUCUCACAGAUUUCCGAGAAAUCUAAGCUUGGACCAAUAUAAUCUUUAGUUGAAAAUCUUAAAGGUUAAUCAUCUGAAUAUUCCAUGUUAAGAUUCAGCUAAAACAAAACUCAAUUCUAUUUUUAGAUGUAAUUUUAUUAGAAUAAAGUGUAUUUACUAAUGUGGAUUUCUAUGAAAUAUUUAGUAGAAUUUACAAGUAAAGAUUCAUUUGCUAUUAUGAAUAAUGCCUGUUAUACUCUAAAAUCUGUUAAUUUUAUUAAAGCACUAAUUUUGACAUCUCAAAUAUUAAUUUGUUAACUAUGACAAUAAAAGCUAUAAUUUUGAACGAUGUUCUC